AUGAACCAAUGUACCCGGUUCGAGGCAAAUAUAUUCAACAAGGGGAAAUGCAAGAACUGCUACAAACCGAAGGAGCAACACUCGGCCGAAUGUUUGGAAAAGGCCAAGGUACCAUUUCUGAACUUUUUCCUGACUUUUUUUGAAAGAAGAUGGUCUCUUAUGUGGUGAUUUGGUUAAAAGAUGCAGUCAAAAACAUCUUUCUCUUAGUUAUAGAAGUUAUGGAUAUGAUUCAUAAUCUUUUUCUGUAUUUCAUUCUUUCUUUAUCAAAAAAAAGAGGCUGUACCCCACAGCCUCAGUCAAUAGAAUAGAUCAAUAAAUAAAAAUAAUUCACGUCUUUUUGAGAAAUUAGAGAAUUUUGUUGAUGCGUCAGAGGUCACGCGAAACUCCUUUCCCGGCAUCGUCCUUGAAUUUCCCUUCUUUUUGUCUUGAAAAACACAAUUUGGAAAAAGAAAUUUGCAUGAUUUGGGACGAAUAAUAUUGAAAAAUCAGAUCAGAAUUUUUCUGGAAAAAUGUUUUCCUCCAAUCGGAACUUUCCUAUUCAUCGAGUUCGAGGUCAGAUAUUGAUAAAGAACUUUUUUCGUUGAGUGGGAUUGUCAAUUGAGAGAAACUUGUGAUUUUUUCAACUAGAGAGCCAUUGGAGAGCAAAAAAGUUCAUAAAAAUAGUCUUUUUGGACUCCAAAUAUGGAAAAGGUAACCUUAAAACUGUUUUAAAAAAUGGCAAAAAAAAUUCCCUUCGGAACCGUUUUUCCUGCCAAAUUGAACUGAAAAAUUUCCGAGCGCUUCUCUCAAAUUUUUCCUGGCAGAAAAGUAUCCUAUUUCUAUCCUCUUUUUUUCGCUGUUUCUAGAAGGCAAUAAUCAAAAAUUCUUGACUGAACGAAGAAAAUCCACUCAAAACCCAAUGUUAAUUGCGGUUAUCGCGGAUUUGUCUUCCGAAAUGAAGAAAGGAGGAGGGAAAAUUCGGUGGCUGACCGACUUUUCUCAAUCUCUCUUUCCGUUGAAAACCCCCCAUUGUUUCAACGUGUUUCUUCCUAUUCUUCUUCAAUUUUGGGCUUUCCUCCUCCUGAAGACAUUUGAUAAUGGUGUUUGGUGUUGUUUUGGAAUUUUGAAAGGAAACAGAUUUUCCUAUGAGAUCGUGCUUUGUUGAGUAAAUUAGCUUUUUUUUAGGCCGAUACUUUUCCGAACCGGGAUUUUCCGAAUCGAAAUCCGAACCGAUACUUUUCCGAAUCGUACUUUUCCGAAUCGGUUGUGUACUUUUCCGAACCCAAAUUUAUUAUGCUUUUCCGAAUCAUAAUUCAAUUAAUUCUUCAGGUGGUACCGUCAUUUUCAAUCCGAUUCCUUAUAAUUUUUUUCCCAGAGUGCAGCCUUCCGUCUGACCAUUUUCGAAACUCGAAUAGGAUUCAUUUUUCCUCGAGUGCUCUUUCAGAAACUUUUUUUCUUGGUUCUUUCGAUUUCAGAACGGACUGUGGCAUCGCCAAUGCCAACGGUCAGCUCUGAAGAGCACUUGCGGAUUUAAAGUCCUUCCUGCACACCGAAAUUUCGAAUCUUGAAACUGUUUUCCAAGUUGAAAUUUUUAAGACGAAAACGGGCCAGUCAACUUCAGAGCGGACCGUUGGCAUUAUUGUGUAGAGAUAUUAUCCCAGCCUGCUUCAAAAAUAUUUCUUUUUCGAAAAAUUUUGAUUAUUUUCUCUAGUUUCAGAUAUAAAAAUGUAGUUCAGAACUUCAGUUUCACCAGAAGGUUUAUUAUUAAAGUUUUUUUACGCUGAAUUGAUGAAAAAUUUAUUAAUUUGAAAGAAAUGUUACGCUUUUUGAUUUUUUUCAAUUUCAAUUUCAAUUUAUUUAUUUUUUUCGCAACAUCAGAAUGGUAUGGUGAUGUUGCAGGGAGGGAAAAAGACCACUAGGUGGAUUAACUAACCCCACCUGUGAAGAAAAAAAAGUUUUUUGUGUGAGAAAAGAAACAUAGAACCAUAAUAAGUAGAUAUUUAAAACCAAGUUGACUUUUCUUCGGACUUUUAGAAAAUAUAAUGCUAACACCUGGUUAUCAUCCUAAUCGGGUACAUUUUUUAUCACUUGUUAUAUUUAUUUGCGUUUGCGAUUUCUUCACCGGAUGCUCAUUCGAAGUAUCAAAUUUAUACGUAUUUCGCAUCUUCCGACGUAACUUUUUAUUUCAAGUUUCUGAUUUUUUGCAAAGCGUGAUAUUCAUAAUUUUUUCGAGUCUUUGCUUUCCCCCAAAAUCUUUGAAAUGGGGUCAAUUUCUUAACUUGAACUAAACUAAUCCUUGAAGCAACUCAAAAAAACCCCUUUUAACGGAAAGUAGCUCUCAUUCUCGAUUUUUUUUUCCCACCUCGUUUCUCGAGACGAAUUUGGACAUGUAUACAAGGGGAUUUGGUUGUUUUGACGGCGACGACGAACGGCCUCUGUGCGGGACGACGAGAAGAGAGAAACGAGGAUGUGAAUGUCGCCAAAGCGUUCGUCCUCGAUUUCCACUCCUUUUAUUCUUUUCUUCUCUUCCACUCCCGCCUUCCUUGCACCUUAGUUUUGAGUUUUUUCUUCCAGAGGUUUCAGUUAUUCAUUCUGUGAUGAUAGAUCUCUUGGAAAAGGGUUCACCGUUUUUUAUGGAUAAAUGAGGUCUUAAAAUCAGGCUCAGACAAUGGAAAAAGUCUUCCUAAUUGGUUGAGGAGUCAUUUCACCCAUUGGCUCUAUCGAUUGUACAUUCAAGAAAACCGACUUCCAAGCUUCUUGCUUCGAAAAAAUGUUCGUCCUCGAUUUCUUCUCUUUUCAUUAUUUCCUUUUGUUCUAUUCUUUGGACCUUCGUUUCGAUUAUUUUUUUUUUCUAUUUGAAUAGGAAAGGAAGCUAUCAAUCUCUUUUUCGACUAAUUAGUUUUUAGGUUCAGACAACAAAAAAACAUUUCCUUAAAAAGGUUGAGACGUUUUUUUUUUCGCACUAAUAGGCUCUAUUGAUAAGGCAUCCAAAAGAGACUCUCCCAAGUUUCUUAGCUUAUUUUUUUUUAAUAUCUGGGAUAAACUUUAGUAAUUUUAUUUGGGUCCAUUUAGACUAAAUGGACCCAAAUAAAAUUACUAAAGUGAAUGAUUUAGUGUGUGUACUCAUUUUAUUUGAUCAUCUCUUUUAAAGGUUCUUUAAUAGUUCGAAAUUUAUUAAGAAAAACUUCCUUUUUUUCUUGAUUUAUUUUUCCAUUGUAGUGUUUACUUCAAUGCUCAAUGAGGUACUUGAAAAAGUGACAAUUUUCGUUUUUUUUGUCAGUCACUCGACUUGUAAUUUUAUAAAAACACUCGAAAAAUUUGAGUGAAAAGUCGUUUACAAUUGUUUUCCACUUGACAACUUCAAGUAUUUUUUGAGACUUGACCUAAUCUUAUUGAUUUAUGUGCACCUUUUCCAGUGCACUCCUCAUGAAUCAAGCUCAAACCGGGUCCAUUAGAACCAAUUUCGUUUGAAGAUUUCUUUCCCACAGUGAUAGAUAAGAGGCAGAAAAAAAAAGCAAAAAAAAGACGCAUAAAACCGCCAUUUUACGGAGAAGACGACGAAUUAGGCAAGUGGCCGUCUAUGUAUGUGUGGUCAAGUCAAGUCGAAUCAAGUCGGACUUCGGCUUCAGUGGAUCCCAUUUUUCUUGUCUUCCAUUCCGUUUCACAAGGAAAAAAGUUGAAAAGAUUCGAGUGGGUGGCCGUUUUUCGACGUCAAGUGCGCUCUUCCGAUAAAAUUGACUGUUUUUAAAGUCUUAAAAUUAACUCCGAUUCCUUGAAAAUAGUUUCUGACCUGUAGUUGAACUGCAAGGCUAAUUUAAAUGGUUGGCUUCUUUUUGACGGCAAGUGCGCUCUUUCGAUAAAUUGGAUAAAAUUUUCUUUUUCUUCAAUCUUUGUGACAAUUUUCUGUUGAUAGAACAGUUUUUGUGAAAAGAUCGUUAUUUAUAGGAAAAAUAAUUCUUUUUUUUUAGUUGUCGAGGCUAUUUUAUGAUCAUUAAAUUAAAUUUGGUUUUUUUUGGCAUUGUUUUGACAUCAUUUUAACAUAAGAUCAGUAAUUUUUCAACUUGAGAUCUCAGAACUUUUCUCAAAGACUUUCUCGAAAGAUCUCUAGCCCAGAUUCGAAAUUAGCUUGAGAAACUCUUUUUUGAUUCUAGUUGAAGGUUUUCCUAACUCGGAUCUUCAGAAUUACUGUCUUUUGACGACUUUUCAAACCGUCUCUCUGAGAAAAUGUUUCAAAAGCGCAGUCGAAAAUGAGCGGACGACUUGAAAAAGUCGUAUCAUCUGAAAGUAGACCCUCCUCUCUCGUCCUCUUUUUCUCCCUCCCUGUUCAAACUUGUAAUGACGCGGACCUUGGCCGGUUUUCCCCUCUACGCGACUUCGCUUCAAUGGGCAUCCGCGCGGCGGAUCACCUCGUCUCCUAUUCAAAACUCAAAACUUUUCACAAAGAAUCUGAAGGAAAAACGGCGUGACGAUCUCUCCGCUUUCUUUUUUUUUCCGAUUCAAAACGACUCUUUCAAAGUGUUUCUUUGGAUUCACAUAUAAAUCCUUGUGUUGAAAAGCGAAUAAUUCCAUUUUGAAGAUAUAGAAUAACACUGAAAAUGGCUUUUCGCCUCGAGACUCUCUUUAAGUGUGGCACCUGCUCCUUGAAACAAAACGGAAGGAAUUUUUGGACACUAGAAUUUAGGUUUCAGAGUUUUCUCAAACUUUGUAGCAAUUUAUUGACUUUAAGUGCGCUCUAUCGAGAUAAUAUUUUUUUCUUCUUGUUUAGUCCUAGUAAAUUUAUUAACUAUCCUUUUUUCUGCUCUCAAAGGCUUUGAUUUGCUCCUGAAAACGUCUGAGCUGAUCUUUUUUUUUUGGGAUUGAAGAAGAAUUCAACAAGCAUUUACGCUCUAUGGCAAGUAUUGAGAAAAACUAAAAUUUUUUCAAAGAAAUAAAAAGCAAAGGACUCUGCUCUUUUUGCCAUUAUUCGAAACGGUCUGACUUCUCUGGCUCUCUCAUCAUUUGGCGACACUGUCUUGUUUAUUCGAUAACGUUCCUAAGAGCCAGCCAGUGAGCGAGAAGAGGGUACAGACAGGUCAGACAGUUUCAAGUCGUAGCGAAUAGAUUAUUGCUCGAACAUCGAAAAAUACUCUUUUUUCAUCCCCAUCCAUUAAGUAUGUCAAUAGUAUGCAUUCUUCAAAGCCGCUUUCCCAGGCCAAACUUUAAACUCUUAAACCAACGGCGAAUCCAUUUGAAUGAAGAAGAUUGAACGUUGCGGCUGAACGGGAAUCGCGUGUGAAGACGGAAAAAAAAAGAGAAAAAGGAACACUUUUGCGGCGCCAAAUCGGGACACGAAAAAAGAGGAAAAAUCAAUCAAAAUAGAAGGUUGAUUUAUAUCGAGGCGAGAACUUGGUGGGAAAAGGUUCCGCCACACACACACACGUACAUUGACGACCCCAUAUUUUUCUCUUUUUUUUCGACUUUCCAUUAGCGACUGGUUUAGGCUUGAGUUUUCUCAAGAACUGCGAACGGUUUUGGUUCCUUUUCUUCUCAAGGAAUAUCUCGCUUUGUGGUUGUUUUGAGCUUUUUUAAACAAUUUUAAGGUCCAUGACUCUCUUGGUACUCACCCUGAGCUUUUUUGAAAUUUUUCAGAAAUUUUUCGAGUUUUUAUCUUUUUCGGGAUCCAAUGAAAAAAAUUCUGAUUAAUAGAAAGAUAUUAAUUCAUUCAGUUCUUUUGGAGCUUCGAAAAAUACAAAAAAAAUUCAAAGAGAUUCCUGAGAAUACCUGAAGUGCUUUUACUCUUCUUAUGACCCUCUCGCAAUUUUUUUCUUUUUUUCGGAGAGCAUCUUUGAUCUUUUUAAAGACUUGAGAGCCCGUUUCUCACUUCAGUUUUUUUGACAGAAUCAUUUUGCAAAAAUUUCGAAAAUUUUGCUUUUUUAAUUCAAUUUUUCUUUUACUAAUAUCGGCUCUUGAUUGGUUUUUCAGAUAUUUGAGAACUUUCGAAAUACGAAAAACUACCUUUUCAAUGCAGUUUUUUAUUUAAAAUUCCGACAUGAAUUUUUCCCAUUUUUCGAACUUCAAAUUUUUGCAACACUUUUUUUUCUCCCAUCUUGGACAUCCGACUCCAGUGUAAAUUCUUAUCGAUAAGUUCGGUAUCAUUUAACGACGACCAUCAAAUUUUCCACAUUUAGGUACUCUUCUUAAGGGCCGCUUUUUCGAAAUAAAUAUUUUUGUGUUACUUUAUUGUCUCAAUUCAGUUUCGCUGCGGCUUAUCAGUUGAGAAUUGAUUUGAUAACAAUUCUUGUUGAUAACCAGUUUCAAUUUUGCAAUUUUCGGUCAAAAGGGCCGGAAGCUGUUGGUUUUCUUGAGUUUUGUGUUGAUUUAUAGAAAAAUCUUUCGGGCUAAAAAAGAAGGUGGUAAAAAAUUAGUUGACUACAAAGAUUUUUGUGAAGAGUCGUGGGCUUUACUUUCAGAGCCUUAUGGGAAAGAAUAAAAAUUAUGAUAAAAGAUGGCUAUUACUAAGAUUUCCAUGCAAUUUUCCAGAAUUUUGUUUUCAUUUCCUGGAUUUUCGCUUUCUCAUUCAUUUCCAAAUUCAAAAAAAGGGAUCUAGAAUUUGCACAAAACACUUGUUGAAUCAGAUGAGAAUGCAUUGCAAAAAGGGCCUAUCGAUUUCGCUCUUGUUCUAUUUUUUCUCCCAUAUUUAUUUUGUCUUUUUUCGGCAGUUUCGGGUUUCAUUUUUUCGUUUGUAGGUGUAUGUUUGUGUUUGGGUACAGGUUUUCUUCAGCAAAACUUUUUUCCGUUUCUCUGAGCAUUUCUUGAGAGGAAAGUAUUAGUUUUUAAGACCGAAUUUGAGUUAUAAAGUUUGUAAAUUGUUUUUUUCGAUUUGAAUUUAUUGUUGGUAAAUUAUAUCUGGGUUUUUCAAACUUUUUUUCAAACUUUUUUUGAAUUUUUCCAUCCGCUGUCUUUUUUUUAAACUUUUUUCAAUUCGUUUUCCAUGCAUUAAGUUUUUUCUCAAUGCGAAAAAUCGGAAAAAUAAAAUAAUUACAACCAUCCGCCACGUGGUAUGGUUGUGUACAACCUGCAAAAGUGCCAUAUUUAGGUGUGUCCUUCAGUUUUUUAUGGCUUUUUUCCUUCGGGAAAGUACCUCGUUUUCCGUCCGUCUUGCCUUGUCGACACCACACGAAAACACAACAACCUGGCCAUUUUCUGCCUUUUUUUUCUCGGUGGUGGUUAUUGAAGGACGACGUUUUUUAUGUUUUAAUGGCUUUUAAAAUUUUUUUUCACAAACUAUUUCUAGCUUUCGUAUUGAUUUGAGAAGGAAAAAAGGCUUUAAAUAAGAAUUUAUCAGAGAUAAAACAGUUAGAAAGUUGAUUUAGAUCAAUUUGAAAAAAAGCUUUUUGGCUCUCUUGCAUUAUUGUAUACUUCUCACAUAUGAAUGCGCAUCAAAAAAAUUAUUUUCCUUCAUAAUUAUCUUUUUGAAACAAUAAAUGCCUCAUAAAUACUUUGGAAAGCACAAGUUGCUGUGUAAAUGAAGGUUUUUUUUUUUCAAAACAAAGACCUACCAGGAAAUUUGCGAUACAACAUUUUUUGCUUGAGCGCAAGUUUGUGUCUCAAACUUUAAAAGACAGAAAAGUAUCCAUUUAUCUUCUCAAGCAAUUUCCACUUGAAAUCACCAAAACAUAGAACACAAUUCAGUCUCUGUGUUGUCGGCGACGACCUCCCUGCAAAGGAAAGCCGAAAAACGGCAAAAAAUGGCCAAGACCAUUGUGGUUGUUCGUUUUCCACACAGCUGCUCCUUUUGUCGGUUCCCCUCCGUUUGCAUUUCUAUUCAGUUGCCCGAUCUUGGCUUCUCGUUGCCGUCUCCUUUUCUUUUUCCGACGGUUCUCAGGUCUUUGUUUAGUAGUGGUUUGAUUGAAAAUAGAAGAAUUUCGUUGGUUUUCCGGUUAUUUUUGGCGUUUUUUAAGCCAUUCUGGAUUUUUCCUUGGUAAUUCAAAGUCAUUUUGAGUUCAAAAUUCAAAAUAUUCAGGUCUCAUAUCACUACCAGCAAAGAACGCCCCUGAAAAUAUCCCCAUUUAUGAGCUUUUAACCCAGUUUUCUCUGCCCGUUAAUGUUCAUGAAGUCGGCUCCUGUUUUCCCAGAACCUUUUCAAUUUCCUUCUAAAUCUUAACCUUCCUUGAGAAGAAAAAUAUGAACUAGAGACUUUGAUCGGUUUUUCGAGAUCUAUCAAAAGCCCCGACUUUUUUCCGACUUCCCUUUGAAUCACAUAUUUCUCGUCAAUUUUUACGAUCUCUACUCUCAUUUUAACACUCAUAAAGUUUGAAUUUGGUGGGUUUUUCGUUGCUUUUUUCCCAAUUAAGGGAACAACUGUACCUUUUUUGCUUCAACAAAAGUUUGACAAUAAGCGACAGUUUUGGAGUCAAUUUCGACGGCUUCUACUCUCCAAUUUGACUUUUUUCUAACAUAGAGGAGAAAUUUUUUUUAUAUUUUUAAGGAAGCUAUACUUUUCGCUUUGUUUUCAUCAUGAAAAAAAUUUUGUCUCUUUUUCAGCGACCUCUUUUCUCAGUUUGACACUCUUCAAGCUAGAAUUUAUCUCUGCUCCAAAGAAAAAUCUUUAUCUUCAUUCUGGCUUUGACUCUAUAAAGUGACAGGUUUCACCUCAUUUCCAACGACCUCUACUCUCUAAUUCAACACCCGUCAAGCUAGAAAAUAGUCGUUUUUUCUCCAUGAAAUUGGAUUGACUUGAUUUCCGUGAUUGGCAGCCGACGGUUUUUCGCGCGGGCGUCGCCAAGCCUCCCCCGAUUUGUCGGCCGUCGGUCGGUCGUGUAUAUUUGCAUUUGCAUAUCUAUUCUCCACCCUCCCAACAUAUGUUUCUUCCGUCGAGUCACUGAAACUGACACGAAAUUUAGAAGAAGCUUUUUUGUUGACUUUUUGAUUGAAAAAAGUUUCUAGGUUUUUUCUGGCCGUAUUUUCACUGAGUUGUGACUAAAGAACUUUCUGAUAAAUCAAAUGAAGAUUCUGGAAGCCUUAUUCCAACGAAAAUGCCUUAUUCCAACGAACCUGCGAAAAUACUAGUUUUCGAUAGAAAAAGGGCUCAAAGUCAAAUUCAAGCUUUGAAACUGGUGAAACUUGAGAGACUUUGAGCCUUUAUUUCUAGAGAAAAUCAAAGUUUUACAGGCUGGACAGGUUUAUCUUUCUUUCAUAUGUCAAAUAGUUUUCUAGCCUUUUUUUUCAAAGUUCACUGUUUCAAAAAGGAAAAUAACCUUCCUUGUUUGAUAUGAAGAUUUCCUUUUUUUUUUCUUCCGAUUUUAUUGUUUAAAAGAUUGUUAACUUUCACCGGAUCACUAAGCAACCAAAACCUUAUAGUUUUGAUAUUUCUCCGGUUGGAUUUUUUCAUUUGGAAUAGUGUGUAUUUUUCUUUUUAAAUUUGACGAAAUGAAACGGAAUUUUUUGUUUUAAACUUUUGUUUUCAUGCUCUACUCGAAUAGGUGUAAUUUUGACGUUACACUGAUACUUUUGACUUUUAUUUCAUGGAUUCUCAUUCCAGUACUGAACUUCGAAUUUUUCAGAUGAACCGCAAAGUCAGCGCCUGUGGAUUCCUCUACGUGGCGCCGCCUAACCUCGAUUUUUCACUUCAGAGUCACACGGCGAAGGUAAUCUUUUUAUCAAUUUAAUCAAUUUUGUAAGAAUUUUUCAAUUUUUGAUGAAGUCACGUCCUUAUACAAUAUCUUUUCUUUCCACGUUUUUUCUCUUUUCCAGACGAUUCAUCAUUCAAAUGUCAAAUAUUUAUUCUGCGUACGUUUUUAUUGAUACCGGCCAUUCGUAUAGGUGUUUUGUUUGUUGAGAGGUUAUUGAAAAAAAAAAAGAAAAUAGGACAGUAUUGAGGAGAAACAUUUUUGAACAGAUAAAUUGAGUUCUGCCUUUUUGCGAAGUUGUUCACGAGAACUUUUUAGUUUCUUAUGAUUAUUUUUUCUAAUCGAUAACUACAAAGAUGAGUGAGCAAUAAGAGACCAUGAGUUGAUUUUUUCAAAACAAGAAAUUCAGGCGGAUUAUUUUUUACUAUUCCCGACGUUGAAAGAAUAUCAGUUUUUUCAUUGCCUAAACAAAUUGAAGCCGUUAAUGAGGCAAAAGAGUAUGUUGAAUUGAGAAUCUUAUUUUUUGAAGGUCUUUUGGACCUUUUUAUUUAUUUGUUUUGAUUUUACCUUAAUGAAAACUUUUUUUCAGCGAUGGCAACGGCGAUGGUUCACGUUGUUUGACUCUGGCGAGCUCACGUACGCUCUGGACAACAAUGUAAGUUUCAUGUGAAAAUCUGAAAUUUCCAAAACGACUUGGACAUUGGUAAUCACAAAACAGACGUGCUCCAGACGGUUCUGGGCAUUUUUAGUGACAACUUAAGUAGCGUCAGCACUCUCAAGUCAUCCCUAGAAAUGUCCAGAAACGUCCGGAGCACGUCCGUUUCGCGUCACCAGUGUCCAAACCUGUGCGUCAGGCCGGGCUUCGAAAAAAAACUUUAAAAUUUCGCUGAAAAAGUUUUCACCGAAAAAUUCUUUUUACUCUUAAAAUCAUAGUUUGUGUCAAACUCUACGUGAAAUAAUGAACAUUAACAUGACUUUUGUAGUAAGAAAGAUUGAUAUUCGUUUUCAAGGAAAUUUGAGCUUUUUGGGCUGUGCCGGGCUUGAAUAAUGAAUAAAUUUUGGAGAGUUAGAGAUAAUUUUCAGAAUUUCGCGGAAAAGGCUUUGAACCCGACACUAUGGUUUAAUAUAACUUUUUUUUGUGUUAUAAGUCACGUUUCAAAAUAUUAUUUUGAAAUUCGCUUUAAUCUGUCGUUCAUCUUUGAAUUUUACACUCUUCCAAACCUACUGUACUUCAUUGCUUUUGAAACUUUUUUCUAUUAAUAAUUGAAGUCUUGCAAAUUCGCUCAAUUUCCAGAUGGACACGGUACCGCAGUUCACGAUCGAUAUGACCAGGUGCCACCGGGUUUGCGAAGCCGAUUCCAUCACGGGAAACGGUCAUUCCAUCCUGAUGGCCUUUAACAAAACGGAUGGCGAUGUCGAGCAGCCGCCCAUCGUCUACGUCAAGGCGGACACCACCGAGGAGAUCCGGUGGUCAGUUUUCAACUUUCUUUUUGGUCUAUUCUUUUUUUUUUGACGUAUAGGGCUUUUUUAUCGACAAAACUAGUAUUCACAUGUUCUACUCUUUCUUUCGAGAUUUUUUUUAUUAACAAAAUGAAGACGAUACGGGAAGGACUAGGGAAAGAGAUGGGCUCGUCGGAAUAUUCUUUUUUCAUGAUUUCUUAAAAAAGAAGUUUUGAAAUUUUCUUUUUCAAGUCUGGAGGUACUUGCACUACCUUUUUCAUUGUUUCAAAUUAUUUCCAAACGUUUUUUGCUCGAUUUUUCAAUUUCUUCUCAAUUUUUCCUUUUCACAGGUGGCAAAACAUGCUGAACAAGUUCGCCAAGCAGAACAUGAUCCAGGUGAAGCCGAGGAGAGGCGCCGAGGCUGAGAAGUACGAACCGUCGGAGUCAAUGGUCAUGGUGGGGAAUUUACGUUGUUUCCAUCAAUCAUCCAUCUUUAUACUGCUCAGAAACUAGGAGCUGAAUUCAGAUCUCGUUUUCCUCGAAAUGUUAAGAAAAAAAGUUUCAGAGCCCGGAGCCGCCGAUGGAGGUCCCGUCGGCGAGUUCUUCGAGAUCUUCUUCGAUUGACAGACUCGAUUGCGAUCGAACCGACGGCCGUGGAGAGCUGCACGGGACUGUCAGGAGCAUCAAACAGAGAAGCCUGAGGUUGGUCUUUUCGUUAAUAUUUAAAACGAAGUUUUUUUAAAGAUAAAUCAGGUUAGACUCAUUUUGGAACAUGUUUUACUGUAAGAUCACUUAAGUAAUCACUUGAACUCGGGCCUCUCAAACUUCUAAGCGUAGUAAGUGGUCACUUGAGAGAUGGUUCAAAAAUAUGCUCAAACUGUGAUUUAUCUUGAAAGGUUAAUGGUUUUGAGUUGGUCUAAUGAAAUCGGUCCUCCCCAUCGAAGUUAUUCAUCCAUUUCUGCUCCAGAGACGAGCCGAAACGGGUGACGACGAUCCCGACGACGACCUCGUCGACGUCAUCAGAAGAAGCGUCGACGCCGCCGCCCUCGCUUCCGCCGACGCUUCCGCCGCUGAUGAACCUACCCACGGCCGGGUAAUUAUACGAACAUCCAUACAGCCAUUAUUUGCCUCCAUUACAUCAUAACCGUCUCCGCUUCCAUUCCACCGAUUCGAUUCCAGUUCGAAGAUGUUGACGAGUCCGCAUCGGUUCUCGCCGUCGACGUCUUCUGCCUCGCCGACGACGACGACGACGACAUCUUCUGUGGCGACUUUGACCGCCACGACGACGCCUACAAUCGCCGGAUCGCCCUCGGCGAUCGAUGGAGAGGCGACUCUCAAGAAAAACUUUGGAACGGUUCGUUUUUCUGAAGAUUUUUCAAAAUAUCCAUUUUUUAGCUUGUGAGAAAUCUUUGAUAUUUUAUGACUCCUUUUUAUGACGCCAUUUACGAAGAUAUUCCGCUUCUUGAAAUUAUUUUGAAUCUUUUUUGUCUCAUUUUCAUCGACCUGUUAGUGGAUGGAUGUUAAAUAAGUCAAGACGUCAAAAUUCGACUUUUCUCUGACUUUUCUUUUAAUGACGUCACUCACUGAAGUAUUUCAUGACGUCACCUGGCGCUCAGCAGUGCAAUGACGACAUUCAGGGGCAACUUAUGACGUCACUUUCAUGAAAGAAACUUUUUUUAAAAAUUCCUUGGUUUUUAUUGUUGCUUUUUUUGACUUUUUUUCAAAUUUUUUUAUGACGGCAAUUAUUUCCGGGAAUUUUUUUGAGCAUUAUUUAGUAUACUUUCGGGCAUAAAAUGGGGAAUCAAAAACCCCUCACUUUUUUGUCGAACUCGAAUUCCUAUUUUAAAAAAAAACCUUUCUAGACGCUUUCUGACGUCAUUUGAUCGUUCUCAAGAACUUAUUUUUCGAGGACGCCAUUAAAUUAUUCUUGACAACGUCAUCUUUCAGCCGUUCAACAUCGACACUUCGCAAGCGCACACUCUUCGCAAAGGCUGGCUGAUGCUCCGUGGGAAGUCGGAGAACGACUGGACCAAGCAUUGGGUCGUCCUCGCCGGACUGAGCUUGAAACUCUACAAGUGAGCUCUUGAGAAAUCACGGAGACAACUUGUUCAACUCCUUUCAGAGACGUCUGGGCGGAAGACUCCACGGAGCCAUUGAUCUCCAUUGACCUUUCCGAAUGCGAAAACGUCUACCCGUCGGCCAGCGCCAAGAAUUAUGGAAUCGAGAUCAAGGUAAAGGUUUGGGAGAGAAGGCAGACCUAGAACGAUCCCUUGAAAUUCAAAAGUUUUAAAAUGCUAUGUGGACAAAUGCCAAAAGAACUUCGACCUGGAAAAUAAUACAAAAUGCUAUUGAAAAAUUUUUUUUUGAGAAAAAAGGUCUUGAGAUCGUAUUUUUGAUUAUUGUAACUUUUUGAGAGUUUGUCAGUGAUUGAAAUUGAAUAUAGCUGCUUUAAAAUGUCGAAGGCUCUGAGAGUGUUUCUAACUUUUAUUAGUUAGUUGAAAGUUUUUUUUAAAUUUAAUUUUGUCCAAACUAGUUACUUUAUUUUUUUCAUUGCUAAAAGUUCACUAAUUUUUUCGCUCUUAUCGUGUAUUUUUUUCGAACAAAAGAACCGGUCAAAUCCUUCCGGUGUGUAUACACCCAUGUGUCUAUGCGUGUUCGAGCGGGCUUGUUCUUUCAUUUUGUUAAGCGGAUUUGGUCGCGUGUAGUUGGGCUCUCUUCCAUUGCUUCUUCUCCUGGGUUUCAUGCCUUUUUGACAGUUUUCUGAUCCUUGUUGCGUUAAAUUCGCUCUAUUUUGCCUCCUGAUUUGUUCUAAAACUCAAGAUUAGUCUCAAAAAGUUCAAAGAUAAGCUGAGAUGGAGGACGAUUUUAGUACUCUAGGUGACUUCAAAAACUUUUUAUUUGAAAAGUUUUGUUUCAUUCAUUUAAAGUUGAACUUUUAAUUAUACGCUUCAAGCGAUCCAGAAUUCGUUUUUUUUGAUUUCUAGAUUUUGUUUUUGUAGUAGUAUCGUUUCGAAUUAGCAUUUUUCGGUUUGUCCAAUUAUUCAUUAUACUUCUCAAGGACUGUAAUAGUUAAUGAAAGGCUCAAAACUAAUCACAGUGAAAAAAAAAGCGGAUGCGAAAAAAGUCGAUAAAUGGAUUCUGUUUCGUGAUCCUUGUCUCUCAAUUCUGCCAGUGUUUAAUUACUGAAGCGUUCGAAUUUUGAAAUAUAAGCAAUCAAUUUUGUUGAAACAUGUUUUCUAGCCUAACUGUAGUUAUUUGACAGUGCCGUCGAACACGGUACAUCCUCUCGGCGAUGACGCCAGGAAUCCGCGACUCGUGGAUCGCGGCCCUCCAACAGAACCGCCACAACCCGUCGCCGACCUACACCGAGACCUACUCCAACGACAACCACAGUCUUGCCGACAGCACCGAUAUUUUGGGAUUCCCUGUGGUUCGUUUCGACGCCUCUCAUUGGUCAUAAGCACCUUCAUACGUUGAGAGGAUCAUAGUUAUAUUGAGGAUCUUUUUGUAGGAUAUGAUUGAAAACUUCAUAGGUUGAAAAUGAUCUGCGGAAGGAGGAAAUGACCUUGAAAAAAAAUUUUUUUUAUUCGAGUAAAAGCAGUGAAUCUGCCAGUUGGAGUUGAUUUUAUUUAUGAAUCUUGAUAAAGAAAGUGGCUAUGAAUCCUAGAUAUAUUUUCAAAAAAUGAAUAAGAGUACUUCUCAAAGUUUUCCGUCGUAGCCACGGAUGAUGAGUCUAGGAUACAUAUCCUUUACAGAAUCAUCGAAAAAAAAGACUUUUAAUCGAUUGUAUCUUAGUUUUAUGAUUUGUUGUAGAGAAAGAAGCACAUCGCUUACGUGGCUCCCGAAUCGCACCAUUCCAAUUCGAUGAUGGACGAGGAAAGUUCGACGGAAGAGGAGGAGGAUUUGGAGAGGCAGCGGAGGGCCAGAAGAGCUGCCAGGUGGGUAUUUCCCCUUUUUGGACUUUUUUCGAACCGUUCCGAUUUAUUCCUGGGACGGAAAAUCUAACCAGUCUCUCAAGUCUCUUAGAACUUCUCAAAGGUGUUUUAUUUUUGAAGAAUUUCUCAAAAAUCUGUGGUUUUCGCCAUCUUCUCUCUUGAUAAGUUUCCUCAGGACCAAAUCAAAAAAUGGUUAGAGAAAAUUAACGACAAUAUCCAACUUUUUUCUCAUUGAAAUUUAAAAUAGAGGAUUUAACUGCUUUGCUGAAGGUUUUUAAAGAAAUUUUACCCAAAGUAGCAGAAAAUGAGAAUUUUUUGUUAGUUACUACUACGUCUCAUGAGUGAAGAUAGUUUUGAAGAAAUUUGGCUUUUCAGCCGCGGCUCUUUGUCUUCAACGGAGGCCGACCACGGGACUUUGGCCGCGACGACGAGGGACAGCUCCAGAAGAGGUGCCACUGGACGACGCGAAUCUUUGUCCCCCUCUGUGAGAAGAUCUCCGGUCGCCAGGCUCAAGGAGAGGAAUCAGGACAUGCGGCAGAGGUAGGUAGAUCCUCAGGAAAUCUCUCGGAAGGUGUUAGAAAGAAGGUUGGAAGGUAAAACGCGUCUAAAAGGUCUUGAGAAGCAUAUUUCAAGGUGUUAGAAAGGUCAGUCUGCAGGUUUCUGGCAGCCUGCUGGAAACUACCAAAGUUGCACGGUAGUGAAAAGAAAAUGGAAAACGGAAUUAAACUUUCAAGCGGAAACGGGAGUUUUUUUUGCGGAACGCGGAUAGCGGAAGUCGGGAGAACAAAAACUGCGGGAGACGGAAUUCCGUGCGACUCUGGAUGCUACCUUUCCAGCACUUUUUAUUUGAACCUGCUGGAAAACUUCCAAACGUCUUCCAAGGAAUAGAAAGAAGGAGCUUCCCAACACCUUCCCAGGAUUCGCCUGCAGUAGCAAGGGAUUUCACAGCGUAUCAUGCUUUUUAGUUGUCCUUGAAAAAUGUGAAAUUGGCAGUAUAUACAGCUCAGAAAAAUCGGAUUUUUUUUUUCAGAAACCCAUCUAACUCAUCGGCCGCUUCGAGUACUCGGCCAAGAUCCAAGAAAAUCGCUUCGGUAAAUUUUUAUUUUUUUUUAUUUUUUCCAACCAGUUUUGGUACAGACAGGGUGCAAUGGCUUGAAAAUGGGUAUGUUUUUGAAUUGAAUGUUCCGAAAAGUUUGAAGUUUUCUAAGCUUGAAGAAAAGCCAAUCAUGCUUUCAAAAGUCUUUCUUGCCUCCCAAAAUAAGCAAGAAUGGAUUAUUUUUGCCUUUUUUGGUCAAUAAGGUCAAUUUUUCGGAAGCCAGCAGUUUUUUUGAAUCAACAUUUGUCCUAAGUUGCUAAUAAUAAUGAUGAAAGGACUCUGAAUGAAUUAUUUAUUGUUAUGAAGGCCGAAAUUUUCAUUUUCGAUCAUUUCUAGGCGCUUUUUGCUUUAAAACGACCAUAUUUUCUAUUGAAAUGAGCCGAGAAACGAUAUUUGCGGGGCGGAUGUGAGGGUGGAGGAAAAAAAGCCCCGUCGGCACAGAUGUGUCGAAUUUGCCGAAACAUCUGAUUCGCCCAGUCUUGGUCCGUCGUUUCCGCUUCAGUUUCACAAGUAGUUUUUACUCAGUUUCGAUAGUUGCAAAAUUUCAUUUUUUUUUUUAUUGUUUUUUGUAUUUUUGUGUGAUUUCUGAAAGCAAAAUGACUUUGACUCUUAAAUUAUUGAAAAAUGUUUGAUAUUUUCCAUAGUUUUUAAAAUAUAAUUUGAGCUUCGGAAUUUUGUUAGAGGGAUCUUUAAAGCUAGAAAAAUUGUAUGGCACUGAGAUUUUUAUGACCUUACGAUCGGAUUUUAGUAGCGUUUCAAAUAGCGUGUUGUUCCUCUUCCUGAUAAGCCUGUUUCUGAAUUUACGACCCGUGGUCUUAUCUCCUCCGUCGUGUUGUUGUUCUGUGUGAAAUAUACAUAUUUUCUCACUCAAAUACAGUACCCUGAGGUUCUAUCCAAAUUUUUCUUGAGUCACUGGAAAUUUCUUUGUGGAGUUUGCGGUGAAAUUAUUAUGAAUCUAGUGAAAAGCAAUCGGAAAUAACAGUUAUUUUGAAUUUUUUGAUAAUUUUCUUACCAUUAUAAAUAGUUUUUCCAAUCUUCUGCGCUAGAGCAUCUGUGGACUUGAAAGAACUAUUUUCGAGGGUGUUACUUCAAUAGUGUACAGAGAAAUUUAGUUUUGAAUAUUUGAAUAUUUAUUUGUUUCUUUGGCCGUAAAAUUUUUUUAGUAUCUAAAAUAAUUUUUAUCCAUAAAGCGCACAUGCGGAGUAGUAAAAGCCGCUCUCAUUUUUAUGACUACAAAACCCACAUUUCAAGAGCAAAAAAAAAGUUUCUAGCAGAAGAAAGAAUACUAGAAGCGAUAAAAAGCCGCCCACAUUUUUUUUUAGCUAAGACACCAUCCGACUUUGAGAACAAUGGAAAAAAAAAAACGAUUUUAGUUAUAAAACCAGCUGGAGAAGCAGUGAGAAGCAAUCAAAUGUUUCCAAGGAUUUUUUAUAGAUCAGAACACAUAUUUUUCAAUUUUAGUUAUAGAUCGAACGUGCAUCAGAAAAUAAAACCAUUUUAGUCUGCGAAAUUUAGAUUCAAAAAAAAAAAGAAAAUGAUUUUCAGCCUUGUGUAUUUCGAAGUCAAAAAGACCAUUUCACAAUUCAAAGAAUUUGAGGUAAAAACAUGAUUUUUGACUGCUUUCCAUUUUUUUGAUCCAGUUCUUGUUCUUACGGUGGAGCGCACAUGAAAAAACAAUUCUGAAAAACCCAUGAUUUUCAUUUUUUCGGCACCCAUAAAAGCCGCUCUCUUUCAUUUUAUCGCUUCACUGCGUGUGCCGAUUUUCAAUCGGAUGAAAAAAAAAUGGCGAUGAGAUUAAUGUGGUCGGCUUGCCACCGCAAAACUUUUACAACACGCAAGAAGGAAGAAGGAAAAAAGAGAAAGAAAGAAAGGAAUGGAAAGAUGAAGCUGAUAUGCUAAUCUUCGUGUCGCGGCCUUGACGCACCCAUCAUAAUUUUCCUCUUUUUUUUUGACUUUCCUGUUCCCUUUUUUGAAUGGUUCAGAGGCAUUUGAUAGAAAAUUGAACGUAUAUUCCAAAUUUAGAAUAUUUUUGUUGAAGUUAAGACUGUCUGAGAUUCCAAACAAAUUUUCAAAUCAAAUGAGUGGAAUUGGCCAAUCUGUCAGUCAUAAUCGGAAGUUUUCCGCUUUUUCCAAGCUUCUCUUCCAAAUCUGAGCUUCAGAUUUCCUGCAAAAAGCGCUUUCCUCUCUUCUCAUAAUGAACUUUUGCCUUGCUUGAAAUAUCCCAAUAGGAAAUUUUUCUCAAACUAUUUGAAACUGAAAAUCCAUAGCUUUUUUCUCGCUCAAUAUCGAUUUUGAAAUCUUUCUUUAUCGUCCUUUUCCAAGCUUCAUGGUCUCUGCGGAGUCAGAUUCGAAACUUCUUUAGUUUUUUUUUUUUGUUGUGAAAUUACAUUUUCAAGAGCUUCAAUUUCCUAUGCCCUUUUUCGCCGCGAACUUGAUCUCCAAUAUCUCUCUGAUCCUCUUGAAACUAAUCGCAGUAAAAAUGCGACCGACGACGAAAAGCUGCACGUCGCUGGGCGGCCUUGAGUCGCGGGUCGCGUCGCGACUCGUCGCCGUCACGCCUCCCUUUUCGAGCCAUUGCACCGUCGCCUAUCAGCAAUGUCUGGCACAUCUGCAAGAAAUCAGCAAGGUCCAUUUUUCUUGUUCUUUCCAGCGUCCGACGGCCGUCCGUGGCAGUCAGGAGCUCCGACUCCGCUCCUUGGAGGAUCAGGUUGGGGAAAAUGACGAAAUUUUUUUUUCUCUCGCUAGAAAAAUAGUUUCAAAUGUUCAAAAUGCCAAGUCGCUCCGAGAAACAUACGAUAUUGCACCAAGGAAAAUUCAAAACUGGCGCAGCCAAAAAAGCAGGAUUUUUGCGAGAUCGUCAAUGUACCGCCAGCGACGUCGCUUUUAUCUCUUCAGUUUUUCUCAUUUUUGAAAAUUGCCUAUUUUUUCGAAAACCAACAACUUUUCAUUUGUUCAGAUCCACUCUUCUUUUGAAUAUUAGUUCCACCACCGCCCGAAUUUCAGGUUCAAAGCCUCAGAACCCAAUUGGAAGACACUUCCCAUCGUCUCGGCGCUACACAGACCGAAAAUGAACGCCUCAAGCACAUUUGCAAGGAUUCUGAUGUUUGUUUUUGGUUUUGUGUGGUUUUGGUUCUUUCCCAGCACUUUAUUUAUUUUUAUUUUCGAUUUUUCUAUCAUUUUGAUCAAAAGGUGAUCAUGGUUUUGGUUACAAAAUUUCGAAAAGCUCUUUCUAACAAGAAAACGGCGCAAGAUGGAGGAUCGAAAAUCCGAUUAGAGUGUGCAAAAAGUUACUUGAAAACCCCUGGUUACAUUUUUGAGCCGUGAUACAACCAAAAUAAGAAGAACGAUAGAUAUAUUGACGAUACGUUCAAUUAUGUUUUUAGUGUGAUCAGGAGGUCCUGUGGAAACUUUUAUUCAAUGUUAAACACACGAUCUCCUUGUAAAACUCAGAACUUGACCGUAGUUCCUUCAUUUUCCAGUCGAAAACCCUGACUACGCUCCGGAAAUCGCUAUGCGCGGCCGAAGACGAAGUCCGACAGCGACAGGAGGAGAUGCGCACUCUCCGACAACAGAUCAACAGCCCGUCGCCGUCCGAUCAAAUGUCUUAACAUUACACCUGAUCGCCUCAAAUUACUCGCGACUUGCAGAUUGGAAGCUCUUCAGUCGCGGCUCGUCACCAUGCUUCGCGUCCAGCUCUCCACCCUGUCCGUCCUGACACGGUCGCACGUCCUGUCGCGAGCCUCCGAACUCGCCGACGAGGUCGAUGACGUCAUCCAGCAGCUGAACGACGCCCCAGCGAGCGAUGAAACCGCGAUCGCCGCCCUUCAAGACGUCCUUCAGCAGGUCACCGUCCUGUUCGACCAGGUGAGGGUUAGAAUGGAUCAGAAUUCAAGUUCUUACGGUAAAUCGCGCUCAGAGCAUGUGGAUUAGCUUUCCUGGGAAAGUUUGGAAAACCAUGAAAAAGAAAAACCAUUUUUGGCGAUGAGAACACUUUUAGCUUUUCGCUUCUUUUUUGGGGAAAAUUGAAAGGACGUUAAAAUUUCGACAAAACUUGAACUUCCAAAAACAGUUGCGUUCCAACUUUCGAGAACUUUUUGCGGAGAAUCAAAUGUUCAAGUGAGCAGCGACCGUGUGGGAAGACGCUUUGUAAGACCGAAAAGUUUGCAAAAAAGUUUGGUUUUUAGCGAUGGAGAAAAGUUUGAGUUUCUGAUCAAAAAUUGUUUUGCUGGCCUUGAAAAUUUUGAGGAAAAAAAGACUUUUAUUGGUAGGAAAGUUGCUCAAAAAGCUUUAGCGUGUUGAUAAUUAUAAUUUUUCGAAAAAGGAGAUUUUCGGCAGGUUUUUUGGGUGUCUUACCGAACUUUAUAGCUUCCGACAGAGAUUUUCCGUUUCAAGAUUUCAUUGGAUCGUUCCAGGUGUCGCAAGCCCUCAUGAUGCCCUACCUGUCGGAUUCCUGGACGAUGACCGAAAAAGAGGACGAUUUGGACGUGAAACAGCCAAACGAGUGGGAGGCUGAGCUCACCGCUCUGAAGGUGAUUUUUUCGAGGAAAUUGAGGAGUUGUAAGGAAGUUUAUGAGUUGAAUCACAAAAGUACCGUGAAAAUCUGAAGGAAAGAUUUUUGAAAUGGAAAAAGUGUUUCCAUUUCAGAACACUCAUCAGUCGGAAGUCGAAAGCCUCCGACAUCACUACGAUCAGCAGUUGAAAGGGACCCGGGACCGAGCCGAACACGAGGAAGCCAGAAGGAAGAAGCUUCAAGAGGAACUGCUCCAGGCGACGGUAAGGAAAAAUAAAGUACAACUGUUUUGGCGCCAAAAACUUUGUCAAAAAUAUCUACUUGGAAUUGGAUGGUUUUUAUGAAUUCAUUUACCUGUGAAAACGCCUUGAAGACCUUCUUCAGUUAGAAAGUGAAAAAAUUGAGUUUUGAGUUUUUGACGGAAUGAGACGUACUUUGAAGUACCCUUCACCCAAUCCCGAAAAUAUUUCCUUGUUAUUCGAAUUUCAAUCAAGUUUGAAUGUUUCGAAUAUUUUACACCAUCAUUUAUGUGAACAAGUAAUAUUUUUGCGUUUUUAAGUUUUUUUAAGUUUUCAUAAUGCGAUUGGAAGACAGUAAGCCUCUUCUUUUUGCGGAAAAAACAAUCAAUUUUUUUCCUUUCAGACCAGGAACGAUCAAUCGAUCUCCUCAGUGAAGACGUCCUUCACAGAACUUCUGGAAGAGCAGAAACGCGCCUUCCAGGACGAGAUGGAUGCCGUCAAGUCAGAGCACGAACAGGAGCUCAAGGAGGAGAAGCAAGCGACUAGGCUAGCCUUGGAGGCAGUUCGACGGGCUCACGAGGAGGAGGUCCGACAGCUCGCCGAGAAGAGCAAGGCCGGAGGCGACCGAGAGCUCACGCGACAAAAGUUGGAACUCAUGAAACUCUCUUGAGUAUUUUGGGGAUUUUCAGCAAAAUGCUCGACCAAAUGAGAGAGGAACUGACGAAUUUGUCGGCGCUCUACUCGGCCAAGUGUGUGGAGAACGAGCAACUCGAUGAGAGACUGUCGGCUAUGUUGAACGAGCAGGAGACCAACUCGUGGGUUUUACAGGACAUAUGCAAAUCAAACUCUCCUUGCAGAAAAGGUCUUUUUCUGGCCGCAUUUAGAAUGGCUGCUCUUGAUAAUUUAUUCGAGAAUCGAGAAUAUUGAAGCUGUCUGGUUAUUUAUAAAUAGAAAUUUUACAGCUGGGGCAUGGAAAAUUCUAAAUUUCUAAGCUCGAUAGCCUCUUCAGUUAAAUAAGAAGAGACUUGAAAACGUUUAAAGUUUGAAAUUAUAGAAAAAUGUCUUUUUCAAGGAAAUUUUAACUUGAACUUAUUUUUCAUCAAUUGUUUUUUCUUUGUGUGAGCUCAGACAAUGUAGCCAUUCCAAAUGCGGCUAUAGAGGUUGACAAAUGCAAACCACGAUUUUUUUGCCCUGAAAUAGGAAAAAAAGCCAACCCUGAAUGUGGGUUUUUUUAUGUACAGUUUGGAAGAAAGGAACUUUUUUUGACAUAUUAAGAAUUUUCCGGCUUUUUCUUUCUAUUAGGAAGACUGCGAUGAGGUAAGAAGCUAUUUCAAAUGCGGACUUAAAGAAGAAGAGUAGAGAAAUUUAUCAGUAGUAAAUUACAGGAAUAAACUUAAAUUUUAAAGACAUUCAUGAAUAAAUAAACUUCAAUUGAAGAAAACCAACUUUCAGUGAGAUGAACGUUGAAAAUGAGCGACUUCGAGGGGAAUUGGGCCAGAAAUCGAAGGAAGUCGAAGAGUUAAGAAGGAGAAUCGGCUCGCUGGAACGUCGUAUCAGCGACUCGACCCUCAGCGGUGCCUUUUUGACUUUUAAAAUUUUCUUUGCACACAUUUUCCAUGUGGUUCGUUAGUUACAGUGUAAUCUAGGAAAAUACAGCUUUAAAAUGAUUUUUUGAAUAUUUUAGGCAUGAAAAGAUCGUCAUCGCGGUAAGUGAAUGAAUGUGGUGCCCAACUGUGGCAUGCCUUCUGUUUUUUAUACUUUCUUUUUAUUUUUCGUUUCUUCGCCGAUUUCUUUUCUCGCAUGUUUAGUUCACUAUAUAUUUCGUUACUAAAAAAAACGCUUGCUUGCGAUAAUUAAAAGAGUGUCGGGAAAAGGUUCAGAAAGUGUGCUCCAUGGAGAGAAAGAUUCUAAAAUUCAUCAAACUCGGACCUCGGUAACGAAACGGAAGUUUCUGAGCAACUCUAGGGAUCUCUUGAAAAAAGCAGAAACUACUAAAGUGCUCGUUGGGAAUGCUCCAACACGUCCGGGGCGUGCCCGGUUCGAGUUACCAAGGUCUGAGUCUCGAUUGAAGCGUGUGGAACUGAUGAGAAAGUAGUCGCUCUAGUGAUUUUUGCCCUGAGUGGACCCUUGAGGUAAAUUUUCAGAGCAGCCACAAAAGAAAUGAUUUUCCAUUCACAUUUUGGCUCUCAAGCGGCCACUUAAAAAUUUUUUUCAAAAGCAUCCCUAGCAAAAAUUAGUAAUGAUCAAGAUUUUGGGAGAUGGUUUUUGCUCGAAGUGCUCUCUUAAGAGAUAUUUUCUAAGCGGCCACAAACUUUCCAGUCAUGUUUUGGCUUCAAAGAGCGUUCCGAGCAGCGUUCCGACCGAAACGAAGCAAUAAUUCAAGAUAUUAUGAAAGAAUUUUGCUCGAAUUGGUCUCUAUAGAGAAUUUUUAAGCGGCCACUAAAGAAAGGAAAGUAUUCCUCGGUUCCCUUCUCAGAAGACCACUUUGAACUUCUCUAAUCAUUUUUAUCAAAAAAGUGACCUCUUGAAACUUUCUCAGUUCCAUAGAGCUGCUUUUUUCCAUACAUACUUUUUUAUGAUUUUUUUUAUUUCGAUUCAAAUCAUAUUUCAUUCAUGAUUAUUGGGAGGAUCGGUGCCCUACUGACAUUGAUUUUAUAAUGAUUUAUUACACGGCAUGGGAAAUGGUCCUUAACAUUCUGAUUUAAUAUUUUUCUUAUAAAUUCUGAGACAAAAUUGAAAAAUUCAUGGAAUGCCUGAUUUAUUUUCAAUUUUUGGUUCGACUCUUAUUUCUCAGUAGUGUUAGACUAAUCUCUCGAUUUCCCUGGAUAAUGCUUGCUCAUUUUUUUUAUUGCAUUCGAUUUAUUUAAAGAUUGCGAGGAGCUGGAGGAGCUGGCGUUGGCGAAGUCCGACGAGACGGUCAAGUAUAGACGGGAUCGGAAGAAGAGAAACAGAAGACAUGGUUCGCAAUUUUUGAAAAUUUAUUCUUGAAUAGAAGAGUUAGUGAAGCUAUAGCUGAAAAUCGAAGGAUGCUGGAAAAAUGAUAGAGAUUAAGUUUUCAGAAAAGGAUGUACUGAAAAUUAAGUCACCAAGGCCAAAUUUACACAUUUCUCAGUUCUAACUAUUUUUUCAAAAAAAUAGUUAAGGGAUAAUUCGCCUAAAAAACUUUUUUCAAAGCUCUUUUCAUUUAUUAAGCUUGUCAAGCCUUGAAAGGGCGCUCUGUUGAUCCCUAUUCUCGAUUAGCUGUAAGACAUACUUUUGAAGAAACGAAUUGAGGAAAUUCCACACAGAGACUUUUCGAAGCUUGGCUAGCGGAUUUUGAACUUCAUUGUAGUCUGUUCCGACCUUAAAUGUCGAAUGAUCGCUCAAGCUCCGCCCCCUAAUGGCGCGAUCAAAAAAUCAGAGCGAUUCAUCCGCAGAUCGUUUUCAAACAACUUCAUUCUACUUGACGUUCAAAUUUUGAACAGACUCCGAAACCCAAAAAGUGUGCUUACAGACAUUCGUUUCCACAGUAACCCGGUGAUGGCGAUGGUUGACGGCGUUCCCGAAUAUCUGCUCGACGACGUCCGCCGCUCGCUGGCCGUCCCCGUCUCUGAGCGCCGCAAAUUCUUCGAGACCAUCGCCGAGUACAGUACACCUUUUUAG